AUGACGCCCACGAUGCAAGCGCGGAAGGAGGAGAUCCUCGCCAAAAAAGGCGAAGCUCGCGGAGCUCAAACGCCAGCGAGAGCUGCGCCAGAAGGAGUUCAACCAGACCCGCUCCAGCAUCGGCGAGUCCUCAGAGUGCUGGACCAGAUUUCUCCCGCCCCGAGUCGUGCAGAGAGCAGAGCCGAGCUCGACAGUUUGAUCUCCCGUCUCGUUGACCGGCCUCCGUCGGGAUCGUUCAAGGACGGCGAAGGCCUCUCCCGCAAAGGCAGCAGGCCGAAUUCGGUGCUCAGCGCGAGCCAGCUCAGCGGAGACAAUGUCGAAGCGUAUACGCCUGUGCGCGCCCCGUCCCAGUCGAUUGCCACGCAGACUGACUUCACCGGGCCUCUCCCUUCCCCGCCAGAGCCGGCCCCUGAACCGAAACCCGAGACCGUCACCUACAGCAAAGGUGUCCAGACGACGGACGACUUGAUCCAGCCUCCAGGAGGACCAGCAGAUGGCCCGCUGGAAGACGAUGAAGAGACGUCGCCGUCCAGCAAGAGACUCAGCCGCAGGGAGCGUGAACGGGACGAGGAGAUCCGGGAACGGCUCCGCAAGGAGAUCGAGGAAGAGCUGCAGGCGACGAAGCAGCAGAGUGCUCAUGAUGGGCCUCUGGCGCCGUCGACACAACUUCGAUAUCCUCUACGAACGUUGACCGAGGACGAGCUCAACGCCGUCACGUCUUCGGAGGAAUUCUUGGACUUUGUGGAGCGGUCCAGCAAGGUGAUUGAGCGGGCAUUGGACGAGGAAUACGAUAUUUUGGCAGACUACGAGAUGGGCGGCGUCAAUGCCGAAGACGACGAGGAAGACGAGUAUGGCAAAAAGCGGAGAGGGAUCAAGGAGGUGACCCAAUUCUAUGACGAGCGAUGGAGCAAGAAGCGGAUGAUCAGCGAUUUGAGCUUCUCUCCAAAGUUUCCGGAAUUGGUGCUGGCUGCAUACACCAAAAAUCCCACGGCGCCUCAUGAGCCCGAUGGGCUGCUCCAGAUCUGGAACCAGCACCUGCACUCUCGACCCGAGUAUGUCUUCCAUUCGACGUCCGACAUUCUCACUGCAAAGUUCUCUCCUUUCCAUCCGAAUCUCAUUGUGGGUGGGACGUAUUCCGGGCAGGUGCUGCUCUGGGAUACGCGGUCAUCGCGCGCCGGCGGCGGUGCUCCGGUGCAGAAGACACCGCUGACCGGGUCAGGGCAUACGCAUCCGGUGUACAGCAUCGCCAUCAUCGGCACACAGAACGCGCACAACAUCCUGACGGCCUCGACUGACGGCGUCGUCUGCGGCUGGACGGUCGAUAUGCUGUCCCAGCCACAGGAGUACCUGGAGUUGACCACGCCUCCGCCGUCCAAGACGGAGGACCUGGCACCGACGACCAUGUCAUUUCCCCAGUCCGACCCGACGUUUUUCCUCGUUGGCACCGAAGAGGGCGGCAUCUACCCCUGCCACCGAUACGAUCGGGCGGGCGCCAAAGCCGGCACGGACCAGCGUCUCGCGUACCGCGGGCACGCGGCGCCGGUCAUGUCGACGGCCUUCCAUCCGGCACGAGGACCCGUUGACCUGGGCGAUCUGCUGCUCAGUUCGAGUCUAGACUGGAGCGUCAAGCUGUGGCGCGUGCGACCGCCCGCGACGACGGCGGCGUCGGCCACGUCGGCGGCAGGGCCGCAGGUAGUCUCUCCGGUGCUGGACAUCAACCGGGAAGACGUCGUAUACGACGCGCGAUGGUCGCCGCACCGACCGGGAGUCUUCGGACUGGUAGACGGGGCCGGCAACGUCGAGAUCUGGGACCUGUGCACCGACACCGAAGUACCGGUCGUGCGCACGACACCGUCGCGAGGCCGCGGGGGCGUGCUGACGCGGAGUCUGAACAAGAUCGCGUGGGAAGAGCGCGAAGGCCGCCGCAUCGCGACGGGCGGGCUGGACGGAGUCGUGACGAUUUUCGAGGUCGGCAAGGCGCUCAGCGGACCGGUCGAAGAAGUGCCGGCGGACGAGUGGACGGCCAUGAAGCGCUUGUACAUGUGCAUGUCCUACGUCUCAUAUCCAUCCUCUACAUACUACCUCCAUAGAUACUAA